AUGAACAAAUUAUCACUUCUUCUUGCUUUUCUUGGUUGUAUUCUUAUUAGUGGUGUUGUAAGCGAAACCAAAUUUGAGUUUCCUGUUAAAGAAUGUGCUACGAGUAUUGCGACCUCUAUUUAUACGGGAUGUAUGGUUGCAAUGGCUCAGUCCAUCUAUAAAGUUCAUCAAUGGGGUGAAGACACACCAAUGACUAUCUGUGGACAAGGAAUUACAGGUGAAUCUAGUGCAUUAAGCCGAGAUGGAGCUAUGAAAGGAGCUCUUGAAAAUUGGAUGGCUCAAGCAUCACAAGCUGGCAAAAUCAAUGUUGAAGACUUCAAAUGUUAA